UGAGGCUGCCUGUACUGAAGCAGCCGCAAAGUGCUGCAGUUCUGUAUCCACUGAUAGCAGCUGAGAACUCGGGCAAAGGCUGCUCCAAACUUCUCAGCUGUUGACAGGCUUGACUUGCUGAGAACAGUGGUUAAAUAUAGCGCGGCCGAGCUCAGCUCCACAAAGUCAUUGCUCUUAACAGCAUGUAAGGAGACCAAGAGAGGGGAAAACACAAUCUUAGGACUUCACUGCCAAAACAUAGCACCACAGCGCAACAGUUGUGGCAAGACAACAAGGGAAAAAAAGUCUUUCAAACAAAAGCCUGGGUGAAACAUAAAGACAGCUUGCUCUGUACCUCCUGUUUCUUCUGACUGGUGUAUCUCUGAACAGGAACUACGUUCCUCUUUUGCUCUCUUCCCUUUUUUCCUACAUGACUUUUAGUCACUGGUACUGAUAGAUCUAGAGAGAAAGAAAAUCUUCUGUCCACCUUUUGUUCUGGGCCUGGAUACCCUCAAUCUUGAUCAUGGAAGCUGAAUUUCUGAAGCUUUUGAAGAAUAUAGUCUCGUUGUAAAAGGACACUACAACUGUCUCCUUACAACUGUCAGUAUUACCCUGAUGCAGAAGAUACUCAAGCUUCGCACAAGAAGCCUCAUGAGCUCCCAACAAAACAUGGGACAGGCAAAUGGAUGGAAGAAACAGUUGGACAGAGUUCAAUAGAGGUCAGGAUGAGAUCCCGAAACCAAGGUGGAGAAAGCUCAUCCAAUGGGCAUUUCUCAAAAUCAAAGCCCAUUAUCUGCACCACAGAUAAUCAAAACAUUCAGGAAGAUGGAAAGAAAAAAGUCAAAUCUAAUCGGAAAGAGGAUGAGGCGCCAGGCUCAGGAACGGUCAAGAAGCACAGUAAAUUAUCAAGUCCUAAUGAACGGAAAACCAAGAAAUCGAUAGAACUAUCUAAAGAGGACCUGAUCCGACUCCUCAGUAUAAUGGAAGGAGAACUUCAGGCUAGAGAAGAUGUGAUCCAUAUGUUGAAGACAGAAAAAAUCAGGCCUGAAGUCCUGGAAGCACACUAUGGAUCUGCUGCUCCAGAAAAUGUCCUACGAAUAUUGCACAGGGAUGCUACUCUUGCCCAGGAGAAGUCAGUUGGAGAAGAUGUCUAUGAGAAGCCAGUUUCAGAGCUGAAUAGACUAGAAGAAAAGCAGAAAGAAACAUACCGGCGCAUGCUCGAACAACUUCUCUUGGCAGAGAAAUGCCAUCGGCGCACAGUUUACGAGCUGGAAAAUGAGAAGCAUAAACAUACAGAUUACAUGAACAAGAGUGAUGACUUUACCAACCUUUUGGAGCAAGAGCGUGAAAGGUUAAAGAAGCUGCUUGAACAAGAAAAGAUCUACCAAGCCCGCAAAGAUAAAGAACAUGCAAAAAGGCUGAACAAGCUGAGGGAAGAGUUAGUCAAACUCAAGUCAUUUGCACUCAUGCUGGUGGAUGAGAGACAGAUGCACAUUGAGCAACUUGACCAACAAACCCAGAAAAUACAAGAUCUGACUCAAAAAUUAAGCGAAGAAGAGGAAAAACAUAAAACAUUGGUAUCCAAAGCAAAAGAGGAUGGACAGAAACUCAUUAAGUUAGAGGCGGAACUUGAGCACAAGACAUCCUCAUUUUUCCAAGAGCAUGAGGAGAUGACUGCUAAAUUGGCUAGUCAAGAAUCGCACAAUAAACAGCUCAGGCUUAAGUUGGUUGGCUUAACACGCAGAAUUGAGGAGCUGGAAGAAACUAACAAAAACCUUCAGAAGACUGAAGAAGAGCUUCAGGAACUGAGAGACAAAAUAGCCAGAGGGGAAUGUGGGAACUCCAGUUUGAUGGCCGAGGUGGAAAACCUCCGCAAACGAGUGCUUGAAAUGGAAGGUAAAGAUGAAGAGAUCACAAAAACCGAAUCACAGUGUAAAGAACUUAAAAAGAAGCUGCAAGAGGAAGAGCACCAUAGCAAAGAACUGAAACUUGAAGUGGAGAAGCUGCAGAAAAGGAUGUCGGAAUUGGAGAGGCUUGAAGAUGCUUUUGCUAAAAGCAAAUCUGAAUGCACCCAGCUGCGUUUGAAUUUGGAAAAAGAAAAGAGCUUAACCAAAGACAUGAUCAAUGAGUUGGAGGUGGUGAAGACACGAGUAAAGGACCUGGAGUCUUCAGAAACUAAGCUGGAAAAGGCUGAAUUGAUCUUAAAAGAUGACCUGACAAAGCUGAAGUCCUUUACUGUCAUGCUGGUUGAUGAAAGGAAAAACAUGGUGGAUAAAAUAAAGCAGGAAGAGAGGAAAGUUGAGAGCUUGAAUAAAAACUUUAAGGUGGAGCAAAGUAAAGUUAUGGAAGUGACUGAAAAAUUGAUAGAGGAAAGCAAGAAGCUUUUGAAGUUGAAAUCCGAAAUGGAGGAAAAAGUGUCCAGUUUGACAAAGGAAAGGGACGAGUUAAUUGGCAAGCUGAAGAGUGAAGAGGAAAAAUCUUUGGAGCUGAACUGUACUGUGGAUCUACUGAAGAAAAGAAUUGAUGGCAUAGAGGAAGUAGAAAGAGAAAUAGCAAGAGGUCGAGCUAGGAAAGGACCGGGGUUUAGUGGACAAGAGGAUAACAAAAUUAAAGAACUGACAGUGGAAAUUGAAAGGCUGAAAAAGCGUCUCAAGCAACUGGAGGUGGUUGAAGGAGACUUGAUGAAGACAGAAGAUGAAUACGAUCAGCUGGAGCAAAAAUUUAGGACUGAGCAGGACAAAGCUAACUUCCUUUCUCAGCAGCUGGAAGAAAUGAAGCUCCAGAUUGCUAAAAACAAAGCAAUUGAGAAAGGGGAGGCAGUGAGUCAGGAGGCAGAGCUGAGGCAGAGAUUUCGGCUGGAAGAAGCUAAAAGCAGAGACUUGAAAGCAGAAGUCCAGGCUCUCAAAGAGAAAAUUCAUGAGCUGAUGAACAAAGAGGACCAACUUUCUCAGCUCCAAGUGGAUUACUCAGUCCUGCAGCAAAGGUUCCUGGAAGAAGAAAACAAAAACAAAGCCAUGACACAGGAGGUGCUCAGUUUAACCAAAGAGCUUGAGCUGUCUAAGCGCUACAGUCGUGCCCUGAGGCCCAGCAUGAAUGGCAGGCGAAUGGUAGACGUACCCGUGACAUCUACUGGAGUACAGACGGACGCAGUUAGUAGUGAAGCAGCAGAAGAAGAAACGCCUGCUGUGUUUAUAAGGAAAUCCUUUCAGGAGGAGAACCAUAUUAUGAGCAACCUGCGGCAGGUUGGGCUUAAAAAGCCCACGGAGAGGUCGUCCGUACUCGACAGAUAUCCACCAGCAGCAAAUGAGCUUACAAUGAGGAAGUCCUGGAUUCCUUGGAUGAAAAAGAGAGACAAUGGUUCUCAGGCAGCUCAGGAUAAAGGAGCCAGAGUACAGACCAGUCCAGAACGUCCUGGGGAGGUUGUGCUUUCCCCCAAACAGGGGCAGCCUCUUCAUAUUCGGGUAACCCCAGAUCAUGAGAAUAGCACAGCUACUUUGGAGAUCACCAGUCCAACUGCUGAAGAUUUCUUCUCGAGUACCACUGUCAUCCCCACGCUGGGAAACCAGAAACCACGGAUUACCAUAAUUCCUUCUCCUAAUGUCAUGUCUCAAAAAGGGAAAGGUGGUGAGAGCCCGGUGGGGCCAGAGCGAGCUAUGUCCCCUGUGACUAUAACGACGUUCUCCAGAGAGAAGUCCUCAGAGAGCACAAAGUCUCCAUUCACCGAAAGGCCUGUGUCCCCAAUUCAGAUAAUGACCGUGUCUACCUCUGCAGCACCAGCAGAAAUUACGGUGUCCCCAGAAUCACAAGACAUGACCAUGGGGAGGGCUGUGUUUAGAGUCACGCCGGAAAAACAAACUGUCCCAACUCCAGUCCGAAAAUAUAAUGCCAACACGAACAUUAUAACAACCGAGGAUAACAAAAUUCAUAUCCAUUUAGGUUCUCAGUUUAAGCGGUCACCUACUGCUGUGCAAGAGGGAGGAAGCCCUGUGAUUACUGUCAGACCUAUGAAUGUAGCAGCAGAGAAAGAGGCUAUGACCGGGACUGUCCUUCGUUCUCCUAGAAAUAAUGUCACCUCAAGGCCUGGAUCGAGCAAAGUUACAAGUACCAUCACUAUUACUCCUGUUACUACCUCGUCCACACGAGGAACACAAUCCAUGACAGGACAAGAUGGGUCAUCUCAGAGACCUACACCCACCCGAAUCCCUGUCUCUAAAGGUAUGAAAGGCGGGAAGCCUGUAAUGACAGCCUCGGGAGCAGGAAAUCAGACCAAAUUCGAGCCUCGUGCCGAGACUCAGUCUAUGAAAAUUGAAUUGAAGAAGUCUUCAGCCAAUAGCUCUCCCUCCCUUGGUGGGGGGAAGGGCUGAGGGCAGUGGCUAAGGGGAGAGUAUCGUCAUUCAUCAGUUACGCAUGAACUCAAGAUGAGGCACCGUGCCCACUCUAGAGUAUAGGCACACACACCUUCUCCAUGCCACUUGGUUGGAUCACGGCUGAAGCUCUGCCUCUAUCACUGUGAUCUUCCGUGCUACUGAUUAAUUAUGGAAGGAUUGUAUUGCUUCCAUUGGAAUCUGGAGUUUUUUUGUGCCGAUUUAAUUCUUUGUUAAAAGAAACCAUGUGCUGAUUUUGUUUAAUUAAUUGGAAAGAGAGAACCGCCUCUUCUGUGCCAAUUUUACUCUUAACUUUAUGAAGAUUUUGCAUCAGCUGGCACAUGUUUGAUUUUUGUUUUGUGUUUCCUCUGUAAUUUAUUUUUAUAAUACACUUUGUAAUGCAGUUUUCUGCUUGUUUUUGCCCAGCCUUCUAAUUUCUGUCGUCUUUGUGGCACAUUCAUUUGUAGAACGCACUGUCAAAAAUCACGAAAGUGCCAAUCUGUAUAUUUUCUAUUGGAGUUUAUAAAAAUGUUGACCUCAAUAAUGGCACCUUUUAAAGAAGUGCCACAAAAAUUCACAGCCAUAAUGUGACUGAGAUUAAUUAAUUGCCCAGAAGACUGCUUUCUGAGAUAGUAUUAUAGUUUUUUGCACUGUGCUACAGUUUAAUAUAAAACUGAAUAUGAAUAAACCAAAGCCUUGAAACUGUAUUAGAUUUUAAGAAUUGUUUUUUAAAAGUUGUAUGCUGAUGUUCAUUACACUUUGCUCAUAUAAUGUGUGUUUUUACAUAUAUCUGUACCAAAAGGAUUCUUUUUAUCACAUUGUAACAAAUAAAUUUUCACCAGUGUGCAACCAUCA